GUGUUCCCGAGCUACCGAAGUCGUCAGACAUGCCUGCGCCGGUGGAACCUGCAGAAGCAGCGGCAGCUACACCGGCUGCCGAAGAGAGCGAAGAUGAGGACGAGGAGCAUGUCGCGCCGGCGGAAAAGGUAAAUGCGACAAAACUGCAGGAGAAGAGGGAGCAAGAGGAAGGAGGCACUUGCUGCUUCAGCGGGGAGAGCAAGAGAGAUACUUGCGGCACAUGCUAUCCUAUGUCCAUCGCUUCCUACCUGAGCAAAUGCUCCAAGAAGAAUGAGUGUGGUCAUUGCGGAGGCGUCUGGUGCGCUUCCAAGUGUGUUAUUGGAGCGGCGGAUCCCUCCAACAAGUGCCGCACGGCCUACCCUACGGGAACUUCCAGCGACCCGCAUUGCUCCCAGGGCAAAAAUAGCUGCAAGAGCUGCAAUGGUGAAUGGUGCCGUGCAGGGUAUGAUUCCAACUUCAAGAUUGUGGAGGGCACUCACGGCCGAGAAGUGCCAAAAUAUGUGCCACCUGAAGAUGAGACCUUGGGCAUUUGUUGCUACCGUGGCAAGAAAGAUUCCAAGGACAUGUGCGGUGCCUGCAUGGACGUGGCCAAAGAUUCCACCUGCUCUGUCAAGAGCCGCUGCGCAGGUUGUGGUGGCACCUGGUGCCCUGGACCCAGGUGUGUGAAGGCCUUUGCGGACAAGAACAAUCCGUGCAAUUCUGCAUUUCCAAUGACGGGCAUUGCAAAACAAGAUGACUUCUGCUCACUCAACGAGAAGCAGUGCACAAACUGCAAAGGUGCUUGGUGCCCAGUUGGGAACAUCACGUAUUCUGAUGGAACCAAGUAUGAUCCAAGCCGCCCUUAUCAUCCUGACUCUGAUCAACGACUCGAAGCGGAGGACCCCAGCGAAACCGCAGAGGCGGAACAGGAAGUGGAGAAUGACCCAGGCCUUGAUGACUUGUUCCCAGAUGGUUUGGCAUAA